AGGAAACUCUGGGAUUGAGAUGGGUCGUCUACUUUAACGCACAGGUGUCAUGCAUAAUGUUUGUUGGAUAAUGAAGAAAAUUAGCUCAACUCUAUAAAGUUUUUUGCUUACUGUUUAUGGGCUUUAUGGACUCAAGGAGCUAACCAAACGACAGAAAAUAGCCAGCUAUCUUGUUGGUCCGUUAAUUGACUAAGGGCAAAUCGCGCUCUCCGGCUAGCCUGUUGUUUGUGGGAACAUAAAACAUAAAUCGCUCAUUCGGCUGCUGCAUUCGACAGUAAAUAUUUUACGUUUACCAAUAAACUAUUUUUUUGAACAAAUAUAAUGUAGCCUAUGCUUUUAGUCAGCUACGAUGUUGCACCGUGAGUACACGCGCACAGCGAGAGAACUGUUUUUGUCCUGUUCGAAUCGGUUAUCCCGUAACACACGCAGUCAGCUGGAAGUAACGGUUUGGAUGAAGGUCAGUCCAUCGUAAGAAGCGUAAAGUGCUUUGUCUGGUCGGGACUUGGGACAUGUCAUUUCUAUCAGAAUGCAUCUUGGUGGCACCAUUAGUAGGAGCAGUGGCCGCAUUGCCGACAAUGACUCCUCGUCGUUCGGGACGGUUUAUUCCUCCUCCCCGUUCUUCCUGGCGGCCGCUGCGCUCGGACUCGCAACAGUGGCACUUUUCCAGUUUGGCGACGGGGGAUUUACAGUGACAUCGUUCUUCUUGAACCUUUUCAUAUACGUGUCCUUCGUCCUGAUUUGUUUUUUGUUUGGAUGUUUUGUGCUACUUGCGAAGCAGAGUUCCCCUAAAAUUCACAAGUUUGAAACAGUGAACAGGAAUACGACGCACUUACUGGAUUUGUUUAAUAAAAUGAUGGGGAGCUUUUCCGGCCCUCCGUCAGAGUUGGUGCAGAUGAGGCGGGUGGUGAUAUCGCACAACGUGGACAAGGCCCUAAAGGAAGUGUUUGACUACAGCUACAGGGACUACAUCCUCUCCUGGUACGUAGCACUGAGCCGGGAUGAAGGGCAGCUGUACCAGCUGCUGUCUGAAGACUUCUGGGAAACGGCACGGCAGCUGCGGAGCCGGCUGGCCGACGUGGACAUGGUGACCGUGGUCUGCAACGACAUCGUCAAGGCCCUGCACAGCCACUUCUGUGACCUGAAGGCUGCCAACACCAGGCACGAGGAGCAGCCCAGGCCCUUCCCCCUGCACCCGUGCCUGCGCAGCCCGGAGGAGGAGCUGCGCUUCCUGCGCUCCUGCGCCCGCCUGCUGCUGCUGUGUCUGCUGCCCGCGCGCGACACCCAGUCCUACAGCCUGCGCGUGGUGCUGGCCGAGGUCUUCGCCACCAAAGUGCUGAAGCCGAUGGUGGAAGUGCUGAGCGACCCAGACUACAUCAACCGCAUGCUGCUGGCCCAGCUGGAGCACCGGGAGCAGGUGAGCGAGCACCACAAAAAGGCCUACACCUACGCCCCGUCCUACGAGGAGUUCAUCAAGCUCAUCAGCGGCAGCUCCGACGUGGAGUUCCUCAAGCAGCUGAGAUACCAGAUUGUCGUGGAGAUCAUCCAGGCAACCACCAUCAGCAGCCUACCUCAGUUGAAGAAGCAGAAAGACGGCAAAGGGAAAGAGACGGCGGCCAUGAAAGCCGACCUGCUCCGCGCGCGCAACAUGAAGCGCUACAUCAACCAGCUGACCGUGGCCAAGAAGCAGUGCGAGAAGAGGAUCCGGCUCCUGGGCGGCCCCGACUACGAGCAGCAGGAGGAGGGGGUGGGCGACGAGGUGGACGGGCCCCAGAGCCAGAAGAUCCUCCAGUUUGAGGAGAUCAUGUCCAACUCUGCCUACCGGGGCCACUUCAGAGCCUACAUGGAGAGGGUGGACAAGAGGGCCCUCAUCAGCUUCUGGGAGCUGGUGGAGACGCUGAAGACCGCCAAUAAGAAUGAAGUCCCCCAGUUGGUGGGGGAGAUCUACCAGAACUUCUUUGUGGAGAGCCGGGAGAUCCCAGUUGAGAAGGCCCUGUACAAGGAGAUCCAGCAGACCCUGGUGGGGAACAAGGGAACGGACGUGUUCCACAAGAUCCAGGGCGACGUGUAUGAGACCAUGGAGGAGCGCUACUACCCCUCCUUCCUGGUGAGCGACCUGUACGAGAGACUCGUGAAGAGGGAGGAGCAGCGCGGCAACGCCAAGACCAGCGGGGAGGACAAGGACAAGAUGGGCCCGGCCAUUGAGAGCGGAGAGGAGGCCCUGGACGAGGGCAGCCACUGCCUCAACGUGCAGGCCAGCUACGCCACCAGCAAGCUGCACCAGCUCCACGACAAGCUGGAGUACAAGCGCCAAGCCCUGGGCUCCAUUCAGAACGCGCCCAAGCCCGACAAAAAGAUCGUGUCCAAGCUGAAGGAGGAGAUUGGGACCAUGGAGAAGGAGCACAGUGACCUCCAGCAGCACAUCUGCAGGACUGACUGGUGGUGUGAGAACCUGGGCCUGUGGAGGGCCGUUGUCAGCAGCGGAGAGGCUGUAGAGGAGAACGGGGAACAGAUGCCGUGCUACUCCGUGUCCGUCAGCCUCCUGGACGCCGACGAAUCCAUAAUCAACCGCUGGGUCGUCACCAGGAAGCUGAGCGAGUUCCAGGCUCUGUACAGGAAGCUGACGGAGUGUUUUCCUUCUCUCAAAAAGAUUCAGCUACCCUCAGUCAGUAAACUGCCCUUCAAAUCCAUAGACCAAAAAUUCCUGGAAAAAUCCAAAAACCAGCUCAGUACAUUCCUACAGAGAAUGCUGACGGACGAGCGUCUGUGCCAGAGCGAGGCCCUGUACGCCUUCCUCAGCCCCUCCCCCGAGCACCUCAAGGUCAUUGACAUCCAGAAGAAGUCGUCCUUCUCCCUGGCCUCCUUCCUGGAGAGACUGCCGGGGGACUUCUUCUCCCACCAGGAGGAGGACGCUGAGGAUGACAGUGACCUGUCUGAUUAUGGGGAUGAGCCUGAUGGAAAGAAGGAGUCUUUGGCUGAGCCCUGCUUCAUGCUGAUCGGAGAGAUCUUUGAACUCCGGGGCAUGUUCAAGUGGGUGCGGAAGACGCUGAUCGCGCUUGUUCAAGUCACGUUCGGAAGGACCAUAAACAAACAGAUUCGGGACACAGUACACUGGAUCUUCAGCGAGCCCAUGCUGGUGUACUACAUCAAUGUGUUCAGGGACACCUUCUGGCCCAACGGCAAGCUGGCGCCCCACAACAAGGCUCGGUCUGACGCCGAGCGCAGGGAGACCAAGGAGAGGGCCCAGCUGAAACUGCUGGACAACAUCCCCGAUGCGCUCCAGAACCUGGUAGGACAGCAGAAUGCCCGCUAUGGCAUCAUCAAGAUCUUCAAUGCCUUCCAGGAGUCCAGCGCCAACAAGCACCUCCUAUAUAUUUUGCUGGAGAUGACACUGAGAGAGCUGUGUCCUGAACUGGCCGUGGCGGUGGACCAAGUGUGACCCCUGAGGCACCCCGAAACCCUGAAUGCCAGACCAGGGACAACACCUCAGUUACCUCUCAGAUAAAAAGCUAACACUCAGCGAAGAUGUUGUCCCCUCAGCCCAGAGUGUCGGAGACAAAGCUAGUAUAACUGACAAAGACCAAAAGCCAGACACACUAUGAAUGAAAAUUUCCUGCCAAUCUUUAUUGGCACAUUACGCAAGCGAGAUAGACAAUGCAGAAGAUGUGUAUUAAAUUACCAAAUGUAAAAAUAGGCACACUAGAGAAUUGUAGUUCUUGUCUAAUUAAUUCACAUAGGCGCACAGACAGAAAAGGUGAAGGAAAUUUAUAUUAAUUUGCUUAGACACUGACAACCCUAUACAGUUCUGGAAUUAAUAUGUGUAUUAGCUGACAUAUGACAUGAUUUACACACUAUUGUAGAGGAGCAAACUUAGAAGCAGAUUCAGUCAGACUGCUGUGUGUUCUACCCUUAAUUUUGGUUACAUGUGUUUUCUCCAUUUCAAUGUGUCAUUUUGAGUACACUUUAACAUCUGCCAAAUGCAAAAGCACAUGUUCCCAAAAUGAGUUUUUUGGUCUUUUUUGUUCAUGUGAAGACAAAGUGCUGUGCAAUUGAAUCUGGCCUUAGCGGCCCUUGGCGCAAUCGUCUUUAUUUUGUUUUCAUUCCUGAUGCACAACUUAUCUGAACGUACUUGAUAACAUGCCAUUGGAAAAUGGGACAGAAAUUUUCUUAAACCAUUUGUCUUUUCUUUUAAAAUUUCCCCUGUUAUUUAUUGAAACGGGGGGUGAAGGGUAACCAGUUGUAACUGCCAGUUUCUGUAGCAGGGAGCCGGCCAUCAUUACGGACUCUUUGAAGGUCUUAUUUAUUUAUGUGAAUAGUUAUGGAAUGGUGAACAUUGUACUUUGGUUGACAAGAAGACAAACAAAAAAGUGAACAUUCCUUGGUUUUCUUUUUGUUUUGUUUUGUUUUUGUGUCCAUUAAAUGGCUUGAUUGUGCAAUACUUUAUGUAAAGGUAAUUGUGACUCUUUAACUGUUGAAUAGAAGUAGAUUUUUAUUUUUACCAAAGAAUAGAAUAGAGUAUUUAUAAGCAAUAAAUUGCAGGUGAAUAUAA